AUGGAAGGUUUUAUCAGUGUUUGGAUGAGGAGCGGACAUAUCGCCGCUGAAAGCCGUGGCCAAUCCCUGAAUGAAACUACAUUCCGGAUUCGCCCCGAGGAUUUUGCAAUUGGUGGCAUGGCGGCAAACUCCCUCCGCUUCGAUAUGAAUAUCAGGACCUCAAAUGAAGAAGCUGUCACGCUUGCAGGCCAGGAUCACCUGGGUAUGACUGUGGGUACGGACACUGAGGACGGUUGCUUCGCACUCUCUGGCUCUUCGAGUUCAAUCAAAACGGAUAAAUCCUUCGGAAUCCACACCGGAAAUUUCAUUGCCAGACAGUAUCCGUUCGUUGGGUAUGGGAAAUAUGGCGCCGAGGGGCACGUUGUUCCAGUUGCUGCUUAG